CUCACGUGACUACUACUUCCGGCCAAAGCACAAAGUACCAAGUCCAUUUCUCCUCCUACUACGUAGGCUCCUGCCUAACAUCACCAACCAUGUUCCCCACCCCCCAGGUCCUCUCUUCAGCCCUAUCCAAAAUUUCCACUCCCUUCCGCCGCUCCCAACUCGGUCUCUUCCACGGUAAAACCAAACAAUACGGAAACAACGUCCCCCAUUCAAAACACAAAACCCGACGCACAUGGCUUCCCAACGUCCACACUAAACGCUUGAUGUCAGAUGCGCUUGGGCGUGAUCUGAAAGUAAAGCUUACGACGCGUGCGCUCAAGAGUAUCAAUAAGCAUGGCGGAGUCGAUAACUACCUCCUACGGACCAAACCCGAUUUAUUGGGUAUGGAAGGGAUGCGUCUUAGGAUCUUGGUGCGCGAACGGUUAGACGUUAAACGUGCCGAAGACGAGGCCUUGGCACAAGCAGAAGCGAAGGUCCAGCUCGAGAAGGAGAAGAAGGAAGCAAAACAGAGACGCAGAGCGCAAGCUGCGAAUGCACGGAAAUCAAGAGAGGUGAGGCAGACUAUCACUGGGGGGAUAUUUGGGUCGGUGGGGUCGAGCUCUACGCAUCGAGUUAAUGCGUCAUAGCUAAUCAGUGACGUGCGUAGCUGUCUGUAGCAUAUACUCCUAGAUAAUACCUCGAAUUUCAACGACCCCCAAGUUAAACUCGCG